AUGCAACUCUUCAAGUUCCUGACGGUUGCCGCUCUUGUAAGCAGCGUUGUUGCGCAAGCGAAGAUCAAAAUCAUGCCACUAGGCGACUCGAUCACGGAGAUCACAUGUUGGCGAGCGUUGGUUUGGGACAUGCUGGUCAAGGAGAACCUGGCCGACAAAGUGCAGUUUGUGGGAUCCAUGACCAACAACCCUCAAAACUGCCGAGCUCAGUCGGGUUCUUUCGAUCUCCAUCAUGAGGGACAUUCCGGCUGGUUGUCGAUCAACAUCGCGAAUCAGUAUCUUCAAGGCUGGUUGGCCAGCACCAAGCCCGACAUCGUGCAGUACAUGCUUGGCACGAACGACGUGGCUCAGGGACGCACCACGAACGAUAUCAUUGCCUCGUACACGAAUAUGGUGUCACUUAUGAGAGCUUCCAACUCAAAGAUGAAGAUUCUGGUGGACCUCCUGAUCCCACUCUCUUUCAACGGCGGCGGCAUCACCACGCUCAACCAGCAGAUUCCGGGGUGGGCUGCUCAGCAGAACUCGACUCAAUCCCCGAUACUGAUUGCCGACUGCUCAACCAAUGCUGGCUACACGACUGCGAUGCUUCGGGAUGGCGUUCACCCGAACGACCAGGGUGACCAGCUGAUCGCGAGACAGGUUGGGGCGUUGUUGGUCAAGUAUGUGAGAGAUCUAGUCGCCGAGAGAGGCCUGUAA